AUGGUUGAGAAACACUGCUGUAUGGUUUCCAUCACCUACCAUAUAGUAUCAUUUAAAGUCACAUACAUCCUCACCCCUGACUCCAGUCCCAUUGCUCCCUAUUACACCCAGUACAGUCUCAUCCCUGACUCCAGUCCCAUUGCUCCCUAUUACACCCAGUACAGUCUCAUCCCUGACUCCGGUCCCAUUGCUCCCUAUUACACCCAGUACAUCCUCACCCCUGAUUUCAGUCCCAUUGCUCCCUAUUACACCCAGUACAGUCUCACCCCUGACUCCAGUCCCAUUGCUCCCUAUUACACCCAGUACAGUCUCAUCCCUGACUCCAGUCCCAUUGCUCCCUAUUACACCCAGUACAGUCUCAUCCCUGACUCCGGUCCCAUUGCUCCCUAUAACACCCAGUACAGUCUCAUCCCUGACUCCGGUCCCAUUGCUCCCUAUUACACCCAGUACAUCCCCAUCCCUGACUCCAGUCCCAUUGCUCCCUAUUACACCCAGUACAGUCUCAUCCCUGACUCCAGUCCCCCUACUCCCUAUUACACCCAGUACAGUCUCAUCCCUGACUCCAGUCCCCCUACUCCCUAUUACACCCAGUACAUCCUCAUCCCAGUCCCAUUGCUCCCUAUUACACCCAUAAAGUCUCAUCCCAGUCCCAUUACUCCCUAUUACACCCAGUACAGCCUCAUCCCUGACUCUGGUCCCAUUGCUCCCUAUUACACCCAGUACAGUCUCACCCCUGACUCCAGUCCCAUUGCUCCCUAUUACACCCAGUACAGCCUCAUCCCUGACUCCAGUCACAUUGCUCCCUAUUACACCCAGUACAGUCUCACCCCUGACUCCAGUCCCAUUGCUCCCUAUUACACCCAGUACAGUCUCACCCCUGACUCCAGUCCCAUUGCUCCCUAUUACACCCAGUACAGUCUCAUCCCUGACUCCAGUCCCAUUGCUCCCUAUUACACCCAGUACAGUCUCAUCCCUGACUCCAGUCCCAUUGCUCCCUAUUACACCCAGUACAUCCCCAUCCCUGACUCCAGUCCCAUUGCUCCCUAUUACACCCAGUACAUUCUCAUCCCUGACUCUGGUCCCAUUGCUCCCUAUUACACCCAGUACAGCCUCAUCCCUGACUCUGGUCCCAUUGCUCCCUAUUACACCCAGUACAGUCUCAUCCCUGACUCUGGUCCCAUUGCUCCCUAUUACACCCAGUACAUCCCCAUCCCUGACUCAAGUCCCAUUGCUCCCUAUUACACCCAGUACAUCCUCAUCCCUGACUCCAGUCCCAUUGCUCCCUAUUACACCCAGUACAUUCUCAUCCCUGACUCUGGUCCCAUUGCUCCCUAUUACACCCAGUACAGCCUCAUCCCUGACUCUGGUCCCAUUGCUCCCUAUUACACCCAGUACAGUCUCAUCCCUGACUCCAGUCCCAUUACUCCCUAUUACACCCAGUACAGUCUCAUCCCUGACUCUGGUCCCAUUGCUCCCUAUUACACCCAGUACAUCCCCAUCCCUGACUCUGGUCCCAUUGCUCCCUAUUACACCCAGUACAGCCUCAUCCCUGACUCUGGUCCCAUUGCUCCCUAUUACACCCAGUACAGUCUCAUCCCCGACUCCAGUCCCAUUGCUCCCUAUUACACCCAGUACAGUCUCACCCCUGACUCCGGUCCCAUUACUCCCUAUUACACCCAGUACACUCUCAUCCCUGACUCCAGUCCCAUUGCUCCCUAUUACACCCAGUACAGUCUCAUCCCUGACUCUGGUCCCAUUGCUCCCUAUUACACCCAGUACAUCCCCAUCCCUGACUCAAGUCCCAUUGCUCCCUAUUACACCCAGUACAUCCUCAUCCCUGACUCCAGUCCCAUUGCUCCCUAUUACACCCAGUACAUUCUCAUCCCUGACUCUGGUCCCAUUGCUCCCUAUUACACCCAGUACAGCCUCAUCCCUGACUCUGGUCCCAUUGCUCCCUAUUACACCCAGUACAGUCUCAUCCCUGACUCCAGUCCCAUUACUCCCUAUUACACCCAGUACAGUCUCAUCCCUGACUCUGGUCCCAUUGCUCCCUAUUACACCCAGUACAUCCCCAUCCCUGACUCCAGUCCCAUUGCUCCCUAUUACACCCAGUACAGCCUCAUCCCUGACUCUGGUCCCAUUGCUCCCUAUUACACCCAGUACAGUCUCAUCCCCGACUCCAGUCCCAUUGCUCCCUAUUACACCCAGUACAGUCUCACCCCUGACUCCGGUCCCAUUACUCCCUAUUACACCCAGUACACUCUCAUCCCUGACUCCAGUCCCAUUGCUCCCUAUUACACCCAGUACAGUUCCAUUGCUCCCUAUUACACCCAGUACAUUCUCACCCCCUGA